UCGCUACUAAAAUGUCUUUUUACAUUCCUUGGACUUGCAGUGCACGUUGCGGGCUAUUGUCAACGCUCGCGCCCUAUCAUGCCCCGUACGAUUCGGAUUGCAGCCGCCCAAGUGGGUGCCGUACAUCGGGACGAUGCUCGUUCAAAGACUCUGAUGCGCCUGAUAACUCUACUUCAUCAGGCUGCUCGACAAGAUGCCCAGCUCGUCUUGUUUCCAGAGUGCACAUUCACGACUUUCUUCCCCCGCCAUUUCAUGACCGACGAGGCAACCAUCGAGUCGUUCUUUGAGCAUGGCGACAUCACCGCCGCCGAGAACACUCGCGCUAUAUUCGACACUGCAAAACAGCUCUCAGUUGACAUAUGUAUCGGAUUUGCGGAAGCGACAGACGAUGGAGAACAUUACAACGCUUGCAUCUAUUACCAUGCCAAAACCGCAUCGAUUUUAUCGAAGUACAGAAAGAUCCAUCUCCCAGGUGAUUUUGAGCCAUUUCCGGAGCCAGACGCCGUCAACCAACUCGAGAAGCGGUAUUUCAAACCCGGAAACCUGGGGUUCAACGCAUUCCGUGUACCCGAUCUCACCGAGUCCAGCGAGGAGAACGGGGAACCGAUUUUCGGGAUGAUGAUUUGCAAUGACAGGCGAUGGGCAGAGUCUUGGAGAUGUCUGGGGCUACAGGGCGUCGAAGUAGUGCUCGCGGGAUACAACACCCCAGGUUGGGCGCCGCAGAUGUGGGGGUCGUCGUCUAGCCAGGACCCCGAAGAAGCACGCGAGGAGGCUAUAUUUCAGCAUAAGCUGGUGAUGCAGGCUCAUUCAUACACGAACGCGUGUUUCUCCGUCAGUGCGGCGCGGUGUGGGCUCGAUGAUGGGAAGUACGAUUUAAUAGGUGGUUCGAGUAUUGUUGGUCCGGACGGGAAGAUCAUCGCUGAAGCGAAAACUGAAGAAGACGAAGUGAUUAUAGCAGACUGCGACCUGGAUCUAUGCUCCCCUGGAAAGAAGCGAACAUUCGAUUUUGCACGACAUCGAAGAGUGGAGCACUACUCCAUCCUCACUUCCCAAACCGGUGUUGUAGAACCUCCCAAACUAUCCGCACCGUCCAACGACCCAGUCUCUACCCCUCAAAACUCAGACAGAAACACCCGCAGAUCGGUAUCAGGACCCGAACCUUCCUCAAAGAAGAUCCGCAUUCUUCUCUGCAACCCAAACGCGACCUCGUCCAUGACAAACGCUUGCCUGGACAUGGUCCGCCCAACACUUCCCCCGGAUGUCACCGUCUACGGCUUCACAGCCCCGAAACCCGCUCCAUCAGCGAUAGAGGGCAGUUUCGAUAACGUCAUGUCCUCAGCAGCGUCCGCGCGCGCCAUCAUCCCCAUCGCGCACGAGUACGACGCUUUUCUCGUAGCCUGCUACAGUGAGCACGCGCUCGUCAAGAUGCUCCGCGAAGAGCUCGCACAGCCCAUCAUCGGCAUCAUGGAAGCUUCUCUCUUUGCAGCCCGCACGCUCGGCAGCCGUUUCGGGAUCGUGGCUACGUCCCGUCGGUCGAGCUACACCAUGAAAGACGCCGUGAAGAGCUACGGUCUAGACAGCUUCUGCGCGGGCGUGCUGGAUUGCAAUCUCGGUGUUCUCGAGCUCGAAUCGAAGCCCGAAGAAGAGGUCCUUGCCAUCAUGUGUGAAGUGGGCAAGACGUUGGUGAAGCAAGGCGCUGAUGUGUUGGCUUUGGGGUGCGCUGGUAUGACGAAUAUGAAGACUGCGGUGGAGAAUGCGGUCGGGGAAGACGUACAGGUCAUUGACGGUGUGGUUGCUGGCGUUCAUCACUUAGCGGGUCUGUGUAGGAUGGGUACGAAGACGGCGAAGCGGGGGGCUUAUAUGAGCUCUGCGGAGCAGCGUGUGGCGAGGGGUCAAGAUUGGUACUAG